UCAUGCAUGUACUGUGAUAUGAUAUGCAGCUGGUACUAACACACCACAACUAUUUGCAUUAAAAAGUCUAUUUUUUAAUUUUCUGACUGUCAAAUUUUCCAUUUUGCUAGUAGUUAAAAAAUAAGUUUUUGUUUCACAACUCUCAUAAAAAUGUGUAAGAUACCACAAAUUUCUUUUUGAGCAGCAAGCAGCAUAAUUCCAGAAACUGGUUUGUUGAAGCCCUACAUGUUUCAACAGGAUACAGGAUAAGCAGUGACCUUUCAAAGUGAAAAGCAAAUUGCCAAACAAUCACAAUCGUCAAAUCAUCCAGUGGAACACCCAUUAAGUUCAUCUUCAAUCAGACUUCCUAAGAAUUGCUUUUUCUCCAUCUGGACUGCUACCUUUUGACCUUGGUCUGCAGCCAAUGCUGUUCAGUAACCUUUACACCAUGUUAGUUAUUCCCUUUUCCCACCUGAUCUCAUUAGAAGCAACUUUCUUCCUGUUUUGUAAGAGAAAUAGGAAAUCUGCUCAUCCAGUGUGAUGCAGUCCAAGACACUCACUGCCAAUAAAACAAUCAAGCUGCAAAAUGUUAGGGAAAUUGGAAAAGGCCAAGAAUAACAUUACAGAAAAUCUGAAGUGAUGGAAAAUAAGAAAAAUAAUAGAACCCUGAUAAUUAAGCAGCAUUAUGGUGCUAUUGUCACCUUUUUUUUUUUUUUUUUUUUACCUUUCCCUUCAUAUACCCACUGGCUGAGGUACAGAUGCUGUUUUCAAGGAUAAUAGACCCAUAGUCUGUUUCCACAGAUGAAACUGACCUCUUGGAGAAAACACCAAACUUCUGCAGCCUGCAAAAAACCCUGCAAAUCUCCAAGAGAGAAUACAAUUUCCUGUCCAUGUUUUCCUGUAACAUUUAACUAAUCCUUUAUCACCACAGAUAUGAGGCUAUAACCUUCCAGGUAUAAAUUUCAAUGACCAAACAGGCAAGUGAGUAUAUGUCUAUACAGAAAACAAGAAGUAAAAAUUAUUUUUAUUGACAUCGUCCUUUCAUAAAUACCAUCUUGUAGCAGAAGGAGUAGCAUUACAGAAGAUGUGAAUUACAGUAAUUAACUGAACUUUAGAUAGCAGUCAUGAAUAACUCAAUAUUUCUAUUUAGAUGAGUUAAGAUCUGAAACAUCAAAAAACCCAGAAGUAAUAAAAAGUAUUUUGCAAAAUGAAGUAUGUUUAACAGAUAUGCAGAAAGUAGAAAUUAUACAGAAAAAAGAUUAUUGUAAAUUCAGCUGGAUCUGUUAACCUGUGGGAAAACAAAUUGAAGGGAGAGCAUUCAUUAAUAUUUGAAACAACAGAGCAUGAAGCAAAGGAGUCCUCGUGAACAGUUCUGCAGCAGAAAGAAGAUGAACUGGUCGACUUCAUAUUAUGCAAGAUAUUAUGCAAGACAGAUGUAAAUUACUUGCCUUUUGAAACAGCUUAUUUUAAUGUGUUUAUGUCACAGUACACUUUUGCAGUUACAUUUCUGGAAGGGCAGCUGUUGCUGUUGGGUAGACAUCCAGCAGCACUGACCACCAUUUCACUGUGCUUCACCUGCCUCUCACGUUCUCAGCUCCACUCACACCUUCCCUGCAUGAACUCCUACCCCCAACACAUGGCUUUACCCUCCUGGAUUCCAGUUUCCUCUGUCACAACUGGGCCACCUCUUUUAAAGACCUGAAUUUGGCAAAGCCAGUGUCUAAAAUAACUGUUUUCCCAACACUCCACCUUGUCCCUUAGAAACAUGCACCUGCCCACAAACUGAGUGGCAACUCACAUUAGUGGGAAUCUGCUCCACUUUAUGUCUUUUCCACUGAAGCAGGUCUUUUAAGGGAAGUAAUCUAUUUGUUGUGUCACCAGUUGGUUUUGCAGUUGAAUUUUUUGCUGUUUUUGCAACUUGAAACUUACAAGCCAGUACAGGAAGGCGUGAACUGGCUGUUGUAAUACCCAUCCAAUAAUAGCUAUGCAAGUUAGGCAGAUGGAGAGAAAGCUGAGUGUGCUCUUCAGACCCCGGCAUAUGUUUGGGGUAACUCCAUGUCUAGGAAACCUGCUCAGUAAGAGAUGUAUUCCCUUCUGCUGCUUCUUCUAGGAGCUCACAGACGCCUCUCAAGGCUGGCCUGUGUCUCAGUCUGAGGUGCUACACUCCUUUAUGAACUGCAUAGGUCAUGCAAGUCCUUCAUGGCAGCUUCCUAGGCUCUCAGGACUGCAUGGCAACACUUAAUGCUUAGAGAAGUAAAUCCUUUGUUGAACCUAGAUUGACACCUGUCAGACACUAAUAUUCUUUAUACCUUAUCUUGGCAAGUCAGAGAGAAAAGGUGAGAUGACAUCCCCCCUCAGAGAACAGCAGUUUUUACCGAUGCUCCUUCCCCUCCCAUGUCAAUGUCUACAUUUAUAUGAAGCAUAUUUUCCCUCCAAACUUUAAUGGGGAUUUAUGAAGACCAUCUUUGCUGGUUGUUGGUUGUUCUUCUUUUAAAGUCAAGUAAGUCAAAUUUAACAAAUACAGGUCUCAUUCAUAAGCAGUGAAGUGUAUAAACCACUGCAAAUCAUGCAAUGAAGGGAGCAGUCCAAGUUUACACUCCAGAGAUUACAGCGGCAAAGGGAUGGUUCAGGAAGUUUCUGCUUCCUUCCUAAAGUAGGUAGAGGUUACAAAUUAAUCUCAAAAGAGUUUAUACAUCUUCAAAGAGUUAAUGAGUAGGUUAAAACUGCCUGCUUCUCUUAAUUGUCUACAGGGCGGUUGUAGCAUAUAAAGUACCCAUACAUGUAUAUGAGAAGUACAGCAGAGAGAGCCAGCAAACAAACAGCAGACAGGGACAAAGCACUGUGUCUUCUGUGGAGGAUGCCUAAAGGUCUUCUUACUUUCAUUCGUCUUUUUAUGCUCUUACUCAGUUUCUCCACUAUUUGCCUGGGAGUACUUUGCAUGUCCAUGAAUUCCUCCAUGUGCAGAUGUGGGAACAACAAGCUAGUGUUUUAUUGCCUGUUAGCUUUGGGGCUCUGUCUCCUAGUUACUGGCAUUUUCUGGAGCACUUUCCAUGAAGUCCUGAAAUAUAGGGCCCUUGGCAUCUUCAUUCGAAAUCCCAGCCACAGAGAACCACAUGUCUGCACCAUAGACAGGCCUGACUUCUAUCCUCCCUCUUAUGAAGACAGCAUAGAUCCUGAAAAACUGGUCUCCGCACUGUCAGUUGCCUCCAUAUUAAAACAGGAAGAAUUCAUCAAUAUUCCUCCGCCUCCAUACAGUGAAAGCAGUGUAGAGUUUGUCAGUGAAACAAAUGAGCAGGAACAGCCACCACCAUACACAUUAUCUCAGGAGCAACAGCAAACAGCUGGCCAAGACCCAAACCCCGGAAGGGGGUUAAAUUCUCAUAUAUUCAUGCAAGAAAUCAAUUGCCAACAGGAUACAGAUUUCCAGAUGACCUCAGGAAGAGCAACACCUGUCAAAACAUGAGAGACUGGCAGCCAGUAAAAUCCUGCGUUUGUGAAGCAGGGAAAACUGGAAGAAGACUUGUGUCAGUGAUCUAAUAGUAACACUACUUAAGGUGAAAUUGCACAGAAAAAACAUUCAUCAUUUGUGACUUAGAGGGGAGUUGGAGGGGAUAUGUAAAAGUGCUCAGUAUUUCAAAUUAGAAUAAAUCUCCAGAGAGAUAGAAAUGCUCAAGCUGUGUCUAAUAGAAGUCACCAUCUCUGGCAAUAGAAGUUUCUUACACUGCAAGAUAAAUGAAGCAGCAUGGUGUUUUCAGUCUUGACUUUUGCUUCAUAAGGAGUUUCAGAAGAAAGCUCUCAUUUUUGGUUUUGAGACAUUAACUGACUUGGGAAACCUAUUAACUUAGCUUUUGUUUGAGAUUUGCAGAUUAUUUGUUGCAACUGAUUAUUUUUGUAUUGUAUGCCUUUCAAGUUAUUUUUUUUUAUGUGGGGGGUGAAAAGAACUGCUAUUUUACUAGUGAAUUCAUUAAUAAAUUUUGUAUUUAAAACAAAUGCCUUGAAUUUGUUUAUAUGAUACAAGGUGCCUAUGAUUCAGGAUAAGGGCACAAUAAAAUACACCACCCAGGUGCCAAACAGAGAGCUUUGGUUAUGCUUACAUCUCCUCAGAGGGAACUAUCAAUUACAGGAGGAAAAACCAUCUCUGAUUCUAAGAGCAGUUGCUUCUGUCACAGCUUACUCAAGACUGUGGGAACUGAAAAAGGGACCCUGUAUCCUGUUUCUGACACAAGUGGCUUCAUAAUUACACAACAAACACCAGAAAAAGGACAGGUUUGGACUCAUCCUUCUUCUGUUACAUGGAUCUUUCCUCCCACAAAAUCACUGAGGCAAAUUUGCAUUCAGGCCACUGUCAUCUGUAAUUCCAGAUGGCAAGAAAAAUUUCAUGAGGGUUCACUCAGAUUUGAACUUGUAGUAUUUAUUUUGGAUGGAAUUUUUCUUUCUGGGUUGGAAGGUUUGUAUUGGAGAAGAUCAUUUAGUCCAAGCCCCUGCAACGAGCAGGUACAUCUUGAAUUAGAUCAGGUUGGUCAGAGCACUGUCCAACCUGACCUUGAAUUUUUCCAGGAAUGGGACAUGAAUCACCUCUCUGGGCAGCCUGUUCCUGGUUUUGAUACAGACCAGUGAGACAGAAAAGCUAUCACACUUUCCAGAUGUUCACAUACUGUAAGACUACAAGUUAAGCAUUACAGCUGUACAUGUGUGGUAGCCAUGGCUAAGGCCAGCAAACUGACAGCUGCAUCAGUUUUGUCUUUCAAAGAAUUUCAUCCUUUAUGGAAAGAACACACAGUUCUUCCGUUGUUGUAAGUAGAAAGGAAAGAAGAAUAAAAAGGGUCGGACAAGCUACAGAGGUGAAAAAUCCUUUCAGGAUUUUUGGAUUUUUUCAGGAAGUUUGGGAUGAGAAAUGUAGAAAAGUACCCAGAGGGAACAAAAAAGAGUCCCUGAAAGAGACAGAAGAUAUAUCUUUCAAAGUGACUGAGAAGCAGGACACCACAGAGAACAAUAAAAAUCAGAGGAACACAACACAUAAUUUCCAAAACAGUUAAAGAGAGGAUCUGCUUGAGUGACCUUAUUACGGCUUUACCUCCUAGCAUUACCACAUCCAUCCUGCAAAAUCUCCAGCUUCUUUACUCCAGAGUCCCACAUUCUGAAGGCAGCCAGCAUCGUGCAAGUAUUAGUGCAGGCAUCAAUCACAGCAGGUAAGACUGACUAACCAGGAGACAUUCCACAGCAAAAUCCUUGUCCUCUGCAUGUUUAUCUUCCCCCCACCCCCAUGGAAAUCUAGGUUUUACACUAGGUGGUAUUAAAGCAAGACUGAGAGAGCGGAAAAUGGCUGGGACUACAGUUCUGAGUCAUACUAAGAGCAAGAAUUGCAGGAGUAUCACUGAAGUUUGCUCUUGGAGUGGUUUGCUCUUGGAAACACAUUCAGAGCAUGUCCAUAUGUAUUUAUGAACAGCCAGGAAUUUCUUUCCUUUCUCCCAGUUCCACAAGAGUCCUGCAGUGCCCCUUUUUAGUGCCAGCCGCUUUCAGAUGUUGUGAGGUCAUAAUGGAUCUAGAAAUGUGAAACUGAGGAUAAAUGCAUCUUCAACCUGCAGUAUGCAAUAAAGUAUUUGACACAAAAUAUUACUGACACAGGGAGAACAUUCACAUUAAUACCUAAUAUUUUGAUACAAUCUGGUUUUAAGUUUCUCUUUUCAGCUGAUGAUUAUGAACUCAAUGCAAAAUGCCAUGGGCAAAGAGCUCAAAAAAUGUCAACAAUCUUAAGGCAGCAGAAGGCUUUAAACACUUUGAUUUUGAUUGUAUUUAAUAGUGUGAAUUUAUCUUUGCCAAGAGUAGCAGCUGGAAAUUUCACAUUAAAAUAAAUUCUCUUUGGGCUGAAGGAUAUGAACUGGUCAAACUAAAGCUUCAGAACACAACAGAUUCAGUGCAUUGAGAAACAACUUCCUGACACUGGUGACCAAGAAGCCAAUCUUGGCACUCACAACACCAGAAGAAAUGUGUGGGCAUGUUUUUUGCUGCAGGGAUCAUGAGACAUCAUGAGAUGGAGAAUUCAGAAAUUUGAGAGGAGGGAGAAUACCAAAGAGUGGAACUUAAGUUUACAGAGCAGACUUUAACAUUUUUAGAGUUGCUUGGAAGAAUCACAUGGGUUCUGGCCCUGGAGAAAAGAUGAGUCCAGGACAACUGUUUAAUUUUCAAAGAUCGCCUCCUUUAAGCUCAGGAAUUGUUCAAUCUGAGAUCAAACAAAGGGAGCAAAAGGCCUACAUGAAUGGCCUACAGAGAGCUCCUGACUAAGCUCAGAUAUAAACAGGAAAUGUAUGGUAAGUGAAAGUAGGGACAGCUGAAUUAGGAGGAAUGCAGAGCACUGUACAAUCAUGAAGGGAUGAGAAAAGCCAAAGCCCACCUGGAGCUGAAUGAGGUGAUGCUGUGGUUAAGAUCAGCUGGAAAUUAGGCUCCAAACAGCCACUUCCCUUCCCCUGACCCCCUCCAUUGAGAAAGGGACAAAAAGGGAGAUUAUGGGUUGAGACAACAAUUUACUGGAAAAAUAAUAAGAUAAGGAAAACAAACAGUAACAGCAACAAUAAGUACUAAUAAGAACAAUAUAUAAACGAGGAUGAUUACACCCCAAAAAUGCUUAUGGAAGUCCAUCUAUCCUGUUGUAACCAUGGCCCAUGACAUGCAGCUUUUCCUGAGACAAAGGAGAAAAAUAGCAGGUGUUACUGCAUCCCUGGUGGCAACAUGGCUUUUCCACAGACAAAAGAGAAAAGAGUGGGCGUUACCACAGCCAGUGCGGGGUUCUUGUCCCACGUCUGAGACAGUGGAAAACAAUGAUGGACAAAUCUCCCAAGCCAGUCUGCAUAGCUUCACCCAGACUGCACCACUCUGCUCAGCACUUUGCUUUCACAGGAAAAGAGGGAACAAAAAUGUCUGUCCUUCCACUCUGCCUUUUCUUCUACCCAAAGCCAUGCCCUACAGCGAUGACAUGACUAGUGUAGAAUAAAUCACCUGUGUACAUCCAUAUGGCUCCAGCCUCCUUGACCUUCCCAUACCUCCAUCCCAGCAAAUGCAAAAAUAACUCUGUAUGGGCUGAAACCAGAACAGAUGGGAAAUGUGAAGGGUAAUGGGGAAAGUUUCUACAGCCAUGUGAGUUGGAAGAGGACAUAGAAAAGGCUGAGGUGUUCAAUGCCUUCUUUGUGUCCAUUUUUACUGGCAAAAGCAGUCUUCAGGAAUUUUAGGCCUUUGAGACUACAGGAAAAAUAUGCAGUGAGGAAGACUUACCUUGGACAGAGCAAGAAAAGGCCACCAAGUACUUGAAAAAACGGGACACACACACAUCCAUGGAAUGAUUUAGGAUGACAUGCACAGAGCUCAAGAAGCUAAAUCAUGCUAUUGCAAGCUACCCUCUAUUGCCUCUGAAAGGCUGUGGGUGACCAGAAGUGGUCCCUGAGAUAAGAGAGCAAAUAUCACUCCUGUCCCUGAAAGGAGGAGGAUCUGGGGAAUUAUAGGCUGGUCAGCUUCACUUUAGUUCCUGGGGAGGUGAUGGAAUAGCCAGUGAUGGAAACCCUUGCCAAGGACAAGAAAGUAUUUAGGAUCAGGAAGGAUUUAUGAAAGGUAAAUUGUGCUUAACCAACUUGACGACCUUCUAAUUGAACACUAACAAAGGGAAGUCCUGCUCUUGUGGAGGAACCAACCCAGACAGCAGUACAUGCUGGGGCCAGUGGGCUGGAAAACAGCUACACAGAGAAGAAUCGAGGGGUCAUGUGCUUAACAAAAAGUUGUCAGCUCACCAGCAACUCACCUGCACAGCAAAGACAGAAACUGACAUCCUGAGCUGCAUCAGGAAAAACAGCAGCAGCAACAGCUGGAAGAAGGUGAUCCUUUCCCUCUGCUCAGCACUGAUAGAGUUAAGAUACAUCUGGAGUGCUGGGUUCAGGUCUGAGUUUCCCAAGCACAAAACAGACAUGGACAUUCCAGAGUACUUCCAGCAAAGGACCAUAAAGGGACUGGAAAUUUUGUCAUAUGAUGAUACACUGAGAGAGCUGGGAGUGUUUGCUCUGGAGAAGGCUCUUGAAGGAUCUUACUGAUUUGUAGAAGUACUUGGUGGGAAAAAAAUAAAUGUACAGACCUAGGCUCUUCUCAGUGACAGGACAAGAGGCAAUGGGCAUAAACUGGAUGACAUGAAAUUCCAUCUGAACACUCCAGAAACUUUUGCUAUUCAGUUUUUGGUUUUGGCUUUUUUUUUUUUUUUUUUCCCUACUAUGGGACCAGUCAAUCAUUUGUACAUGUUGCCCACAGAAGUUCUGGCAUCUCAGUCCUUGGAGAUAAUUAAAGCCAACUACACAUGGCCCUGGGCAGCCUCCUCUACCUGACUCUGCUGUGAGCUGGGACAUAGGUGAUUUUAGUCCUGAUGGCACCUUCCAACCUUGAGGAUUCCCUGAUCCUCUGGUUCAGGUAAGUAGUAUAUCACCUUCCAAAUUGUGUCUGAACACAUAGAAAAUAUGAGGGUUUAGGAAACAGAAUGAUCCAAAUAAAUGUUACUGCAAUCACAGCUGAAUAAUACAGGAAUCUUGCAACUUCCAGACUCGAGGAAGCUGCUCAUUAAACAAUAGCACAAAAGGGUGUGGGUCUCUGUCACAGUGCCUAGACAGUGUGAUAAGAUGAACAGCAUUAAUAAUAGUUUUCCUUCUGCUAAAUGUAUGGUCUGGUUUUAGGAGCUCUGCAUGUUUUUGUAAGUUCAUACAACUUGCUUUUUUCCACACAUUCCUCUAUCAUGUUAAUAAUUAAAAGACCUCAGGAAAUGCAGCACACUCCAUGUGGCUACAGUCCUCUCCCACAUACUUCAGAUAUAAAAAGUUAAAGUGCUUGAGCCUUACAAAGUUUUAUUCAUCUUCUUGCAGAGAAAAUACCAGUAAUAUUUUAUCAGUAUCACCCAUCACCAUAAAAAAAGGGAUGGCGAUUUCAGGGUAGGCUACUUCUGCAAGUCUGCUGUUUGACAGCUAUUCAAAACCAGACUCAAAUAAUCCUUUUCUGAAACAGCCCUUUUUCCAUUUACAUACACAGGCACAACUAAUGUUUCUCCAGCCCAGGACAAAGUCAAUACAGAGAUUUUAAAACAUGCCCCUUGGUUUAUGAUGACUGCCUUCAUGAAAGUAGACUGCCAUCUACUGCAGCUCUAGUGACAGCUUUCUGAUAAAAGCACAAGUAUGUUUCUUCAGUCUUCAUCUGUUCUUGAGUCUUCCCCCUGCAUCCUGAAAGACACAUGGCUGCAAUAUAUUUUACUUUUCAAACUGUAUUCUCAUUUCAGAAAAACUUGGCAAAUGGGAUACUCUGUAGUAUAAACAGCUAGUUCAAAAAUAAUUUCAUUGUCAGAGAAUGUGUACAAGAUUUUAGAAAUUUUAGUGGACUGACUUACAAAAUGUUCCCUCACACAACCCAAUAAUUUGAACUGUCAUAAUCCAGAAUGUGUCUAUGCUUGACCAUGUGUGAUCUACCAUUUAAGAGAUUAUUAUCCUGCACCUAGAGAAGUUGAAUUAAAAAAAUAUAUAAAUGAAAUUAUAAAUUAAU